AAAUUUUGGAUACGUUGGACAAACAGCAGUACUGGAAAGCGAAAAUAUGCAUUUCUCUCCGAAUGCCUGCUUCAGAUUUUGGUAUCACAUGUACGGAGAAGGAACUGGUUCUUUGCAAUUAGCAUAUGUGAAUCAAAAUAAUAGUAAAGCACAGUAUGAGUUGACAAUAUCAGGAAGCCAAGGAAGAAACUGGUAUCCGGUGAAGAGAUUGGUGAAAAAUUUACCCGAUGUAUACAGGAUUAGAUUCCUUGGAAUAAAAGGUGAUGGUGGUGACAUUGCUUUGGAUGACAUCUCCGUUCAACCUGAUACAUGUGAUGACGUUAUCACUACUACGCCUGAACCAACUAAAUUUCCUCCAACCGUAUGGGAUUGUGACUUCGAAACCGGUGACUUCUGUAGUUGGGAACAAGGUAACUCAUGGAUAGUUCAAGAUGGGAGAAAAGCAUUCUUGAAGAAAAUGGGACCGGUUUACGAUCAUACCAAAGGAAACGCUUUAGGUCGAUAUGCGUAUUAUCAUCCUAUAAACAACACAGAUAAUGAGUUGGUGAGUAAGUUGAUGGAUGUGGCCGAUUAUGAUUACUGCUUUAAGUUUUGGUUUUAUAUGCACAGCCCAGUUCCUGUUACUCUAAAUAUAUAUCUUCUUAAGGGUGAAAAACUUGAAGGACCUUUAUGGGUAAAGAAAUCGAGCUCUGAUGCCAAAUGGAAUUAUGGUUCAUAUUCCUUAGAAAAAUCAUUCAACUCAUCCAUUGUUUUCAAAGCGUCUAUGGAAAAACAAAGAACUGGAGACAUCGCUUUAGAUGAUUUUUCAAUCAAUGUUGGAAGUUGUCCGAUCAUUAAAGGGCAACCGUGUGAUUUUGAGUCGGCAGACCUCUGCGGCUUCAAGACUCAAUCAAAUGAUAAGAUCUUCUGGGAGAGACAGCAAGCAAAGAGUGUGUUAAACUUGAAGAAUGGACCUCAAAUCGAUAAGACUUACGGAACCAAUGAAGGUCACUACAUGCUAAUAAGACCAUCGAACACUGCUAGAAUAGCUAAGAACAACAAGGCUUGGCUUAUAAUACCAAAUGUGCCAAACACUGGUAUUUACAGCAGCUGUGUUCAGUUUUGGUUUCAGUUAUCAGGCAGUGAUGUUCGCUCCUUGAACAUUUACAAACGAGCUGUUGGAGCCGGCAUACCUCAAUCUGCGUUAUGGAGCUAUGGUUUUAAACAUGGCAGCAAUGCCUGGAGAAUGGGACAAAGAACAAUCGACGCUCAGUAUGUACAUGAGAUAGUUUUUGAAGCAACAAUGGACAGGGGUGUCAAUGGAUUUGUGGCCCUAGAUGAUGUCGUCAUCAGAGACAGAGCAUGCCCUCCUCCUGGUUCCUGUGACUUCGAGUACGAUUUGUGUUCAUGGCAAAAUGCUGAAUCAGAUGUAGACCUCAAGUGGAUGAGAAAUACUGGUCCAACACCGACAGCAAACACAGGUCCAAAUGGCGACCAUACUCUCGAAACAGGUUACUAUGUUUACCUCCAAGGAGACAAUCCUGAGAAGAAACGAAAUCUUGUCGGUAUUUUACAGUCGGAGUUUUUCAGUGCAUCAAGAGACAGGUGUUUAAUAUUUUGGGCACAUAUGAGUGGUGCAGAAAUGGGAUCUCUCUCUGUAAAGUUAUCGUAUUAUGAUAAUGAUCAUGUUCAAAGCCUCAACAAACAAUCGUGGAAUACUGAGGGUGAUCAGGGAGAAAAUUGGUUUUAUCGACAAAUUACUAUAAAUGCCGAAGACUUUGAAAAAUAUGACGAAUAUCAAAUUGUGCUUGUUGGCAGAACUAAAGGAGUAUUGAGUGACAUAGCAUUAGAUGACAUCGAAGUAAACAAUGGACAAUGUUAUAAAAUUCCAGACGAGGCCUUUGAUUGCAAGAAUGGGCAACAUGUCAAUUCUAGCAAAGUUUGCGAUUUCAGCAAGGACUGUACUAAUGGUGAGGAUGAAGCAAAUUGUGGUGAAUGCGAUUUUGAACAUGGUGAUUGUGGUUGGCGGGAUAUAACCACUCCACCAUACAAAAAAUGGUUAAGAGUGCCAGGUAAUGAUGGUUUUAAAGACUAUGGGCCAGGUUAUGACCACACUUUUAAUUCUUCCUCUGGAUCUUUCAUGCUAGUCGACACUCGACCUGAUUACAGCUGGCAUUCUUCGAUUUUGCAAAGCUUUACUGAAAAGUUCAAGAUGGCUUAUGCCUCUUGCACGAUGGUCUUUUACUAUCUUCAUAGACUUAAGUCUAAAGCUGGAAUACGUGUGCAAAAAAGAAUUGGUGCAUCUGCUGUUGGAACUGUAUGGGAACGCGUAGGAAUUCUAGAUAGCGGUUGGCAAAAGGGAAUCGCAUAUUUAGGAACUUCUGAGAAGCCUUUUGUAAUAGAAAUUAUUCAUCAAAGCUCCUAUGAACAGACUUAUGUAGCUGUAGAUGAUAUUACUUUUCAGAACUGCAAUUUACCAGAAAAGGUAGAAAAGUGUGAAAUUGAUGAAUUCAGGUGCCGCAAUGACGUGUGUAUCUCAAAUUCUUUCUUGUGUGACUAUACUGAUGAUUGUGGAGAUGGCUCGGAUGAAGAUUCCAAAAUCUGUGUUCGAUUUCCAAGACCAUGUACGUUUGAGGCAGGCAGUGACUGUGAAUGGACUGUAAAGGGUUAUGGAAAGAACAAGUGGAGAGAAGAGUUCUCAGUAUCAUCGAGGGGAGUUAGAAACUCUGGACCACUUGUUGAUCACACAAAGAGCUUGAAUGGAAUUGGCAAACAUUUAGUAUUGAGACGUUCUGAAUUUGAAAUAAAGUAUAACUCAUCUUUCUAUGAAAGUCCCAACUACAUAUCACAUUUACAAAACUGUUCACUGCGUUUCUAUUACUAUAUGCAUGGUUCUGACACAUCUUUCAUCAAAGUACAUUAUGAAGUGGAAGAAAAUGGCUGGAAUUGGAAAGAAAAGUUUAGAGAAUUCGGUUCUUUAGGACAAAUGUGGAACAGAGCGAUAGUGGUAGUAGAAGACAAAGAAGCUUUUCAUUUUAUUAUUGAAGGGAAUCCAGGAAACAACAAAGACGACUCCGUAGCAAUUGAUGACAUAACACUUUCAGAUGGCUGCAAAAGGUACACGAAUGAAUUACCGACACCAAUUCCAACUCCUCUUCCAACCAAAUCAGUCUGCACGGAGGAGCAAUUCAAAUGCACUGCUGGUCAGCCUUUAUGUGUAUCCAAAGACAAAGCGUGUGAUUUCACCUUCGAUUGCUACGAUGGCUCUGAUGAAGAUGGGUGUGGACCUUGUACCUUUGAAAAUGAUUUCUGUGGUUGGAGAAAUCAAGAUCCUGGAGCUUUUGAAUGGAGUCGAAAAAAGGCAUCACUACUGGAUGGAUACGGGCCACCAACAGAUCAUAAAGGCUCCUCUGAUGGUUGGUAUGCUUACAUUAAACGUUCUUCUGGAAUUUUCAAUAGACGUGCAAACCUUGUAAGCCCUUUACUUCCUCCAUCUUCAACGCAUUGUGUAAUGGCAUUAUGGCUCUAUGCUGGUAUUAAUCUUGGAGGAGAUUUCCUCAUCGAGUACAAGCCUCCAAACAUAAGAAAUUUCAAAAAACUUUGGUCACUGCCAUCGAAGACUAAAAUGGAAUGGAAACUGGUUGAGGUUAAAAUUCCUGAAUCUACCUCAAAGGGAGGAACAGUUAGAUUUAGUACUUCUCCUAACUGGUCUCACUUUACCCAUGUAACAAAUAUUGCAAUUGAUGAGAUAAAGUUUUUAAAUUGUAAUCCUGACGAACUUCUAGUUGACUGCGAUUUUGAUAACAAUGAUUUUCACGAGGGGCUGUGCUUCUGGACUCAGGACAAGAAUGCUGAUUUAAAAUGGAAACGUGGUAAAGGAUCAACAAUACAAAACUUUACAGGUCCAACAACUGAUCAUACUACGGGAAAUGGAUAUUACCUGUAUGUUGAUGCUACAUAUAAUGCAAAAGGAAACACAGCUAAGCUUCGAAGUCCAAAAUUGCCGAUGAAUUUACCACAUGGGAGUUGCUUCUCAUUUUGGUACCACAUGUUUGGAUCACACGUUGGAUCUUUUUCUGUUGAAAUACAGAACGAUUAUUCAGACCAAGUUCUUUGGACUAGAAAGGGUACUCAAGGUAAUCAAUGGCUCUUUGCAGAAAUCAAUACUGUAUUUUCUACCGAUUUCAUAAUAAACUUAGUUGCCAUGGUAAGUACUGGGAAGGAAAAAAAUAUUGCCAUUGAUGACUUAAAAAUGGUUGACGGUCCUUGUUUACAAACAUUUAUGUGUGACUUUGAAGGUGAUUCUUGUGGUUGGGAAGAUAGUUUUGAUGGAUUAGGUGGAUGGAAUCUCACACAAGGAAGUGGUAAUUGGAGUAUAGAAAAACCAAGCGUAGAUCAUACAACAAAUUCUGAAUUAGGUCAUUUUAUUUUAUUUCCAUUUAGGCGUAUGGGGGAUCGAGCUAGACUUCAAAGUCCUUUGUAUAAAAACUACGGUGAUAUGUGCUUAAAGUUCUGGUACAAUAUAUUUGGGAAUGACAUUGGCUCUCUCUCAGUUUAUCAGAGAACAACUCAAGAAAACAGAGCCGAAAAUGUUAAAAGUUUAUGGAAAAGAGAUGCAUAUCAUUAUGGUGGAUGGAAAUUGGGUAGAGUCACGAUGCUUUCUCUGCCAAGUUUUUACAUAACCAUCGAAGCACAAAGUUAUUCUGGACCAAACGGCUACAUUACUUUAGACGAUGUUCAAGUUGUUCACGGAAAAUGCACCGAGCCAGCAUCGUGUUCAUUCGAAAUUGACACUUGUGGUUGGAUUAACUCUGAUUCAUUUAGUGAACUUGAUUGGAUUAGGCGUAGUGGGUUAGAUAACAAUAUAGGUGAGGGGCCAAAAUUCGAUCACAGUUUACAAAAUAGUCAAGGGCAUUACAUGUAUGCUUUACUUACAGGUCUAAAUGCCAAAUCCCAAGCAUUGCUUUUGAGUGAAGAAUUAGAGCUAUAUCCAAGUUAUUGUGUAUCCUUCUGGUAUAAUAUGUACAGUGUUGUAAAUUCAUCUUUAAUUGUUCAGCGAUUGGUUAUUGGCACCGGCUGGAAUGAAAUAGCUAGAAUUCGUAAUGAAUAUGCAAUCGCCGGUGCAUGGGCUAAAACUGAAAUUGAUAUAACAAACACUAAUUCUAAAGGUUUGUUUCAAAUGGGACUAAUGGCUGUCGCAGAGAGUAAACAAGAUGGCCGAACUCAUCGUGGAAUAGCUAUUGAUGACAUUUCGCUAGAUAAAUUUGCGUGUGGAGAAGAAAUUACCACGCCAAGUGUGGUUCAACAAACAACACCUCUAUAUCCUCCAUCAAAAUUUGACUGUACUUUUGAGCAGAAUUUAUGCCUUUGGCAAAAUGAUCCCGAACGUUCUGAGAAAUGGGAGAUAAAAACAGGUCACUCUAACAGAAAGUUAAUCAGACCAAGAACUGAUAAAACUACUCUCUCAACAAUUGGUCACUACUUAAGUUUGAAUGAUGCCUCUAAGACAUAUUUUUCUGGCAGAGCACGCUUGAUUUCUUUGGAUGGGAUUGAAGCCAGCGAUGAUGGUAUUUGUUUUAAGUUUUGGUACCAUAUGUAUGGAAAUAAUCCAGGCACACUGUAUUUAAAAAUUCAGAAUUUCCACGAUGAAUAUACGUCCGAAAUGGUAUGGUCUAGAUCUAACACUCAAGGACCUCAUUGGAAAUAUGAGCAAGUUCAUAUCGCAAGAAAGUUUGCAUUCAAAUUAAUAUUCGAAGGAGAUGGAAACCAAUAUGGGGAUAUCUCUCUAGAUGAGUUCAAAUUGAAUGAGAAAUCAUGCCCUCCACGAGACAUUUGUGACGUUGAACAAGAUUAUUGUGGGUUUUCUCAUGAUCCAUUGAGCGAUUUGCAAUGGCACAGAGGUAACGGCACUCAAUCCAUUGGACCUGGUAUUGAUCACACUUUAGGAACUGCUGUCGGAAACUACUUUUACGUUGACACGAGAAAACGAAUUCCUAUGGGAAAAACUGCUAAGUUGUUUACAGGUACAUUUGGACCUACCAAAACGUGCAUGCGAUUUUGGUACUAUCUUUAUGGAAUUGAUGUCGGUAAUCUUGAGAUUCUGCUGAAGUAUGGAAACUUCGAAAUAUCAAAAUGGAAAGAAGAAGGAGAUAACACUGAUUUUUGGCAUGGUUCUGAAGUGCUUGUGAAAGACAUCGGGAUGGAUUUUUAUUUUGCUUUUAAAGUUACAUCUGGUUUUGCUUUCUCAAACGGUACAAUUGCAAUUGACGAUAUAUCAGUCAAAGAUAAAUGUCCACCUUUAGGCUCAUGCGAUUUUGAAGAAGACAUGUGUUUGUGGACAAAUGGUCCGAACUCAGAUUUACAGUGGAUAAGAGGAUCAGGUGAAACCUCGGACUCGGCGCCAGAAAACGACACAACUCUUGGGACCCUGUUCGGAACAUACGCGUUUGUCCAUGUAAUGAAAUCCAGGCAAUCAAAUCCUCAACCGGCUAGACUGAUUUCUCCAUAUUUUUCGCCAAAAGAGAUGAGAUGCCUGGACUACUAUCUGUACAGAAAUGGUACAAAUUUCAAUGUAGCUUUCGUCGUUUUACUGUAUUCAGACAAAGAGGAUGAGAUAGUGGAGUUGCAGCAUUUCACACGAGAAGACUUAGGAAGAUGGAAUGAAUAUCAAGUACAACUGAAAAAGAAUAUAACUAUGGGGAAAUAUCAAAUCAUAUUUGAAGCUCAACUUACUGACGCGGUGUUAUUUCUAGCCAACAACUUUAUAGCCUUAGAUGAUAUAGAUAUUUAUGACGGCGAAUGUAUUCCAAUUGUAGCUAGAAAACCUGAUUUCACUUGUGAUGAUGGCAGCACGCAUAUUCCAGAUGAUUUAAGGUGUGACUUUUACAAGGAUUGUGCUGAUGGCACAGAUGAAAAUUGGUGCGGACAUCAGUGUGACUUUGAAACCAUUGCUCCAAAUCCAUGCAACUGGACAACAACUACGCAUUUAGCUUCUUGGAAUCAGACAUUGUCAAAUGAAUCUGUUGAACCUUAUAUUGAUCAUACCAAAAAAACAUCGGGAGACGGUUAUUACUUAUCCAUCGCGCGUUUAAACAACUGGUGGCAUUCGAUACAGGUUCACUUUAACAGUCCUGAACUCAUUCAAUCAGCUGCAUCCUGCAAAAUGUUCUUUUGGUAUUAUUUGCGAUGCACAUUUAGUUCUGAAUCUCUGACAAUUUAUUACGAAUCCGUUCAUCACAGUUCACGAACUGAGAUAUUUAAACUAGAGGGAGAAAACGAACGCUCUUGGAAACAAGCUGAAGUAGUAGUAGGAAGAUUGCAAAACAGAUUUAAAAUUGGUUUCAAGGGAAAGCAGGAGAGUACUUUAGGAGUUAUGGCAUUAGAUGAUAUAAGUUUUGAAAAUUGUCAUAUACUGAGACCUCCCAAGCAGAUAAAGGAAUGCUCUAAGGACAAAUUUCAGUGUGGUAAUGGAAACUGCAUUGCACGAGCAUUGGUCUGUGAUUUUGUCGAUGAUUGUGGAGAUUAUUCUGAUGAAAACAAACUUACAGCUAACUGCGAUGAAUACCCUGGAAGAUGCGAUUUUGAAAGAGAUAGUUACUGCGAAUGGAAAACGGGCCCUCAAUCAGAUCAUAAAUUUGAAAUUUUACAACCGAAUUUAGUGUCAUUUUGGAACAGCGUCCUGGUACCAAGAGACCACACAACGAACUCAGCAAGCGGACACAUGCUGUAUUUCCGGAGUGGCUUUCUCAAAACGGGAUCAGUAGCUAGACUUUCUUCACCAGUCAUCGAGAGUUUUGACGAUUGCGAUUUAAGAUUAUUCUACAGUUACGGAACUAGUUAUAAUUCGACGAAAUACGACAUAAUACGAGACAUUGGAACUUUUUCAAUUCAUUUAAAACAUGAUGAAAAGAGUGCCUGGAGAACACUUUUCCUUACUCGAGAACCUCCUGGUCAACACUUUGAGAAAAUUAUAGUCCCUCUGAGAAAUAUCACAAGCCCUUUCGAAAUAAUUAUUGAAAGCCGGUUAGGUCCAACAUCUAAAAAAGGAGGCUGGGCGGUUGACGAUAUUUCUUUCACACCAGGCUGCAAAAUUUCGAAUGAGUCCUUACCUAAUAUUUUGGUAAUAUCUACUCAAAAGCCUGUCGAAGAGUGUGAUGAAGAUAAAUUUUUAUGUCCUGCUGACAAAACUUGCAUUAGUUUAACCCAAGUGUGUGACUUUGUUACUGAUUGCACUGAUUUUUCAGAUGAGAUAAACUGUGGAACGUGUGAUUUUGAUGAUGAUUUGAACCCCACUUGUGGCUGGUCGGAUUUUAAAAGUGGAAGAUGGAAAAGAAUGAAAGGUUCAAAUGGAAUAAACGGAUUAACAUCUGACGUGUCCGGUAAUGGCUACUAUAUGUAUGUGAGCAAUGAAUACACUGGAGUUGUUACAAGUGAAGCUGUACUUAGGUCCACUAAAUUUCAGCAUGCAUCUUCCUCGUGUAUUAUCAGUUUCUAUUAUUUUAUGUCAGGGAUGUCUAAAAACAGCUCUUCUCUUAAGUUGCAGUUGCAAACAUCUGAAAAACAUGAUGUGACAUUGUGGCGUGAAACCAUGAACCAGAGGAAUAUGUGGAAAAAUACUACGGUGAGCAUUGGUUGGAGAGAUCCAGGUUGGCGCUUAGAUUUUAUAACUUCUCAUGUUUUAAAUGAGGAGGAUGUUGCAAUCGAUGAAAUUUAUAUGUCCAAAUGUGCGCCACUUGAAAAAAGAAAAUGCUUCGAGAAUGAAUUCCUUUGUCUUAGUGGAGAAUGCAUAUCUAACUUUCAAGUAUGCGAUUUCAGUUUAAAUUGUCUUGAUGGUUCCGAUGAAACCAACUGCUCUAAGUAUUUAGAAAGGUGUGAUUUUGAAAAUGGCAUGUGCAGUUGGUAUCAUGAUACUUCAUUAAAAUCACGAUGGAAAUUAACAUCAGGUGAACAGGUUACUGAAGGCACAGGACCUGACAGAGAUCAUACAAAGAAUGAUGCAACUGGGCACUUUCUUUUGAGUUCAAAAGGAAGCAUUUACAGUUCUACAAAUGCUCGCAUUUUUAGUACCGCUUUCCUAGCACAUACAUCUGGAAGUUGUGCAUUGAGAUUUUGGCAUCAUUUUUACUCAACUGCUUCUAGUAGGAUCAUUAUUUCCUUACAGUACGCUGAUGAUAUUCACUUAAAACCAUUAAUAACAUUAAACGGGACAGAUGGAGAUGUAUGGGGAAUGUUUGGCAUAGUCUUAGAAAGUAUGCACAAUUUUCAAAUAGCUAUCGAAGGAUCUCCCACAUACGGUCGUCAAGGUGAAAUUGCUAUAGAUGAUGUAUCAUUUACACAUAACUGUGUUCCUAUGUACACAGUUUUUACGACUCCAAUACCUACUGUACUACCAAAGGGUGUUUGUGAUGAAAGAGGAGAAUUCUCAUGCGAAGAUAAUUCAUGUAUCGCAAUGAAUCUUGUGUGUGAUUUCAAGCCAGACUGUCCUUAUGGUAUUGAUGAAAAGCAUUGCCCAGUUUUCUGUGACUUUGAAUUAGGAUCUACUUGUGGUUGGGAAGCUGUGACUAAAGAUAAAGAUGGUAUAGAAAUAAAUGUAAUAGUUGCUGAGAAUGCCAAAACUAUUUUGGAAGGAGCUCCAGAAACAGAUAAAAGCACAAAUAGUAGCAAGGGUUCCUAUUUAAUAAUUCAUUCGACUUUGGAAGAAAAAGAUUCUCCAAUUGAUGAGUACCGCAGCCCUCAAUUUAGUGCAUCCGCAUGGACAUGUAAGUUUUCUUUGUGGUAUUCUGCACAAUUGAAAUCAAUGAAACCAAAAAUAUACCUUCAAACAGAAAAUGAGAUUUCAGAUAUGAUUUUAUUCAAGCAGUCAAAAACUUGGAGAAAAGAAAUAUUUGGUAUAGGUAGGCGUGAUGGCAAUUUUUCAAUUAAUAUCUAUAAAAAAGGGGACAUGAGUCGGUGGGACUUCGUUGCAAUUGAUGAUAUUGAAUUUAUGGAAUGUAAUCUACCUAAAGCUAACAGCCAUAAAUGCCUUGGAUUUCUUUGUAAAAAAACGAAAGCAUGUAUCAAUUAUGGACAAUUUUGUGAUUUGGUUGAUGACUGUGGGGACAAGACCGAUGAAGAUGAUUGUGCGAGCCAGAAUUAUAUCUCAACCGAUUUUGAAAAUGGAUUUGAUCUAUUUAAGCCCGCGUCUCCCAGUAAAUCUGUUCCACUCACAUGGCAGAUGAAAUCAGGCUCUGUCCCAGGCCAUGCUUCGUCUCGAGUUGGACCACCUUUUGAUCAUACCUUUUCAAAUUCAAGUGGUCACUACGUUUUUAUGUCUAGAGGUUACAAAGGCAGCCUGAACCAAAAAGCUUGGUUAUUAUCUGAUGUUUUUACAAUUAUUGGGGAAGGAGAAUGCGAAAUGAGGUUCUUUUACUUCAUGUAUGGUGAAAAUGUCAAUCAACUCACCCUAUAUACCAGAUACGAGAACGAUGGUGAAUUUACUAAAAUUUGGUAUCAAAGUGAGCAGACUGGAAACUUUUGGUUAAGAAGCUCUGUGAUUUUGAAUGAACCUAAACCAUUCCAAGUUAUUAUAGAAGGAAAGGCGGGAAUUUCAGCUACUGAUCUAAUAGCAGUGGAUGAUAUUUCUUUUACUGCUGGUUGCAAGCAUCAGAAAUACACGACUUUACCGCCAAAGGAAGUGACAAAGACACUUGAAAUUACGACGCAGUUACCAGCGAAAUGCAAACCUGGACAAUUUUUAUGCAAAAAAGACGAAGUUUGCAUAUCUGGAGAAAAAAAAUGUGACUUCAGAGAUGAUUGUAGUGAUAAAAGUGAUGAAAUCGACUGCGUCAAAGAUUUUUGCGACUUUGAGGAGAAUGAUUUAUGUGGAUGGAUCGUGCAUCAUCAACAAAAAAGUGAGGAUAUUAAAGAAACAAAAUAUACGGAUAACAGUAUUUACCAAUGGAUAACAAUACAAGCCAAGGACGAGUAUAACAAAGUCAAUUUGAAAAAUCGUCCAAAAGUAGAUCACACCAGUAAUUCUUCAGAAGGAUGGUAUCUUUUGGCUGAUGGUGCAUUUGGAAGGCGUAGGGACACCACCUCCCUCGUCUCACCAAGAAUUUCACAAACACAUUCGCACUGUGCUUUAGAUUUUUGGAUAUACUGUGGAAUCUUUACUUGCGACCUUAAAGUGUUCACGAGUAAAGAAAAAGACUCGGAGCAAGAAAUUUGGAAUUCAGACGUCAACUUAUUUGGAAAGAAGUACGUGCAAAAUUGGAUACAUGCUAAGACUCUAUUGGGUUCAUUGAAAAAUUACAAAGUGCGCUUUGAAGCCAGUCGUCCAUCUACUUUUGCCAGUGUCAUCGGUCUAGACGGUAUCGCCUUUAAAAAUUGCCAACCAUCCAUCACGGUGGAUCCCGACAAAGAAAAGUGUCAAGACUCAGAAUUCAUGUGCCAAAACAACAAGUGCAUUGAGGGUAAUCUACUAUGUGACUUCAAUGACGACUGUUCAGAUUACAGCGAUGAAAAGGAAUUUAAGUGCCAGGCAUUCGUUGCACGUUGUGAUUUCGAAGGAGUACCGUGUCCCCACUGGCACUUAGAAAAUGAUUUGCACGCAGAAUGGAUAAUUACAAGUCCUAAGAUAUCUGUUUAUUCAGAUAUACCCAAAACAGAUCACACUACAGGAACGAACUCUGGAAAAUUUCUGACAGUUUCUUCGAAGCACUCAAAUCGAAAUUCUAAGCCGAAAAUACACUCCGAUGCAAUCAGUGGUAAUUCGAAGAACUGUAGACUUCGUUUCUGGUAUAAUGUUCUUAAUGAUGAUUACAAAGUACAUAUAUACAUAAGGACUAGUUACAACGAUGAUGGUUAUCAACAUGUUGGUACUUUUGAAGAUGAUAUUCACAAUUACUGGCAUAGAGCGGAAAUAGAAGUCACUAGUGACAGUAAAGUUUACCAGAUUGUACUAGAGGCUGAUUUGCAUGGUGAAAGUGGUAGCGUAAAUGUCGAUGAUAUUUCAUUAACUCCAGGAUGUCAUCUUUCAAAUGAAAAUAUUCCUGGGAAACCAACUGAGCCACCACCAACUGAUGAUUGCACUCCUGAAAAACUUCCUUGUCGAAAUGGACAAUGCUAUUCGUAUUUGCAGCGUUGCAAUUUCAUUUUAGACUGUGACGAUGGAACAGAUGAAGACAACUGUGGAAAUUCUUGUGAUUUUGAAAAUGGAACAUGUGGAUGGUACAAUCCAUACGGCUAUAGAUCUAAGUGGGUUGUAAAAUCUGGAAAAAUUAACCCUUUAAGAAGUUUAGAAAACGAUCACACGACUGGUACCAGUAAAGGUCAUUACCUGACUCCAUUGUCAAUGUACCAAAGAGGAGACAUAGCUCAAAUCCUCACACAAAGAUAUGUCGCCUCUGGAUCUAACUGUAGACUUUCUUUAUGGUAUUACAUGGACCAAACUCAAGGAGCUACAAUUUCCGUAAUUUUGCUUCAUAAUUCAAGAAUAAAAAAAUAUGAAACACUUUGGGAAACAGGAGAAGAAACAGACGAAGAAUGGGAAAAUGCGGUUGUUGAGAUAAAGAACCAGGAAGAAUUCAGUGUUAUUGUUCAGUGCACUUUAGGAGAAACUCAUUUUAACAGCUUAGCUAUAGAUGAUUUAUUUUUCUAUGCGUGUGAAUCUCUUUUUCCACCUAUGCACUGCUCGAGUGAUGAAUGGAUGUGUUUAGAUGAGUUGAAAUGUAUUAAAGUAUGGACACACUGUGAUGGAAAAUAUGACUGCGCAGACAAAUCAGAUGAAUACAACUGUACUAAAAGAUACGGAGACUGUGAUUUUGAUUCAGAAAAUUGGAAAGAAAACUGCAACUGGGAAUCAAAAGAUCUUGAUUUUGAAUGGUCAAGGGCAAAAGAUGGACGAAGUACUGAAACUGGACCGAGAAGAAAUCAUAAUCCUAGGCAGGAAGGUUAUUUCCUAUAUAUUGACAGUUCGAAGCAAGUUGAAGGUGAAAGAGCUGGUGUGGUGACUCCUUUAUUCAAUGCCAGUGAAGGAAAGUGUCACCUUCGGUUCUGGUAUUAUAUGAAAGGGUCUUCCAGUUUAGGAGCACUAGAGGUUCGUAGUGAAGGUGAAAAGGGGCAAGUAUUCCCUUUGUGGAUAAGGAAAGGACCGCAAGAGGUUAGAUGGUUGUACGCACAUGUAAGGGUUGGAAGUGAUCAGCCUUACAGGGUUUCUUUUAUUGCAACGAGAGGUGGCGAUAAUAAGACGGACAUUGCAAUCGAUGAAGUCAAGUUUACGCAUGGAUGCGAAGAAGGAGGAGAGGCGAUUGUACCAACAGGCCCUUCCAUCGUGUGCAAGGAAGAUGAAUUCCGGUGCAAGAGUGGUUUUCAGUGCAUUCCAGAAAGUUACGUCUGUGAUUGUGCUCCAGAAUGUGAAGAUGGGAGUGACGAAUUGGACUGCGAUAGCACCUGUGCCUCCACACUAUCUCCUAAAGAAAUAAGUACUGUCGCGUGGACAACCGAGGAUCCUCACCCAAGUGUCUUGCCGCGAAAAGAUUGUCCUCAUGGUCAGAGACAAUGUGAUAGUGAUCAGCGAUGCAUCCCUGCUCUCUUGGUGUGUGAUGGCGUAAGAGAUUGUUCCGACGGAUCGGAUGAAUUAUACGGAUGUGAAUAUGCUAAGCUAUGCGGUGAGAACUUUUAUUUCUGCCAUGAUCGAACAUUCCCUCCAUGCAUAGAAAGGGAACAACUUUGCAAUGGAGUCGACGAUUGCACUGAUGGUUCAGAUGAAAGCAUUUGUGGAGUCUGUCCUGAGACUUUCUGCUUGAACAGCGGCAAUUGCAGUUUGAUGGACGGAAAGAUACCAGUUUGCAAAUGCAAAGAAGGUUACGCUCAAAAUAGAUGUGGAAAAAUGAAAAUUGAAAUUAAACCUGAUGACAAGCCAAGUUAUAAUACUUCCAGAAUUUUCUGGCUCCUUGGUUCAAUUUUUGGAUGUCUUCUGUUUACUUUCAUAGUAUUUGUGAUCUGGUACAGAAGAAAUACAAAUACAGAACGAGCACUACUAUCUCGUGGUUUAGACAACCCGGUCUAUGGACUUGAUCUAGAAACUGACAAGUUUGGGGAACUGAAUUUACAUAUGCCUAUUCGAAACUAUGAACAAUUUGGAGUCACUGGAAUAGAAAAUCCUUUGUACGACUUUAAAUCUGAAUUGAAGUAACAACUUGAAAAACCAACCUUUCAAGAAAAAGAAGAAAAGGAAAAAAUUUCUAAUAUUAAAAACAAUACUGGAGUGCAAUCUCUUUCAAUAAAGGUUUUUUUCCGACAGAGGGAUUUAACAGAGAUUAUUUUAAUAGUCCAAUGUUUGUAAAUAAAUCUACCGUUUAUGUUAA